CAUAGAAAUCCAAAGUUUAGAUCAACUCUCAGUGCAGAUCAAAGUUGUAAAAAUUGUGGCAGAAGUCAUCAUAGAGGUAAAUGCCCAGCUGAAAAAUGGAGAUGUUUUUUUUGUGCAAAGUUUGGUCAUGUCAAGAAUUUCUGUCCAGAUAUUCGACCACAACCUGUGAAUGUAGUACAAGAGGAGGAAUAUAACAUUGAUAGUGACGAGGUCAACCUAUUAAAGCUGUAGGUGAAUGUACAGUGAAUGUACAUUAUGGGAGUAAAACAUGUGAGUUGCCAUUGGCAGUUAUAGAGUCAGGUAAGGAAUUCACGCCACUGCUUGGAAGGAAUUGGCUCAAUAUCUUGUUUCCUGACUGGAAAGCUAUAUUUUGUAUGGAUGGGCAAAUAGGUCAUAUAAAUGAACGAGAUGAUCUAAUUGAGUCUAUUAAAAAUAAAUAUAAAUUAUUAUUUGAUGGCAAUAUGUGUAGUCCAAUCAAACAUUUUGAAGUAAAAUUUAACAUAAAAGAUAAUGUGAUUCCUAUUUUUAAAAAGGCAUACUCAAUGCCAUAUGCUAUUAAGCCAUUAGUUGAAAGAAAAUUGGAUCAGAUGGUUCAAGUCGGUAUUUUAAAACCUGUCAAACAUAGUGAAUGGGCUUCACCCAUUGUAGUUGUAGCUAAGAAAAACACUGAGGAUAUUAGAAUUUGCACUGAUUUUCAAGUUACGGUAAAUAAAGUUUUAAGUGUAGAACAAUACCCAUUACCACUACCUGAGGAUAUUUUUGCAAGUUUAGCUGGAGGUAAAAUAUUUUGUUGUAUAGAUUUAUCAGGUGCCUAUCAACAGCUUAAAGUAAAUGAGGCCUUCCAAAAAUAUUUAACUAUAAAUACACAUAUUGGCUUAUUUAGGUUUACUAGGUUAACAUAUGGUAUAGCAAGUGCACCAGCAAUUUUUCAAUCGAUAAUGGAUCAGAUCUUGGCAGGUAUACCAAAUGUUCAUUGCUAUUUAGAUGAUAUCCUUAUUUCGGGUACUUCAAUAGAACAUGUAAGUAGAUUACUGGAAAUAGUUUUUAACAGAUUAAGUAGUUAUAAUAUCAAGGUAAAUGCUCAGAAAUGUUCAUUUUUUAAAGAUCAGGUUGAAUAUCUUGGUCACCGUAUAGACAAAGAUGGUAUUCAUCCUACUAGUGAUAAAUUAAGAGCUAUUAAAGAGGCACCUGAACCUAAAGAUAUAACACAACUCCGAUCUUACUUAGGAUUAAUUAAUUACUAUAGUAAAUUUAUCCCUAUGUUAUCAGGCCGCUUAAAACCGUUAUAUAAAUUAUUGGAAAAGAAUGUAAAAUUUAAUUUUAAUGCAGAAUGUAAAGCUGCUUUUUGCUUAAGUAAGGAGUUAAUUGAGGCAAAUCAAGUUCUGGCACAUUAUGAUCCUAAUAAGCAAAUUGUGGUUGCAUGUGAUGCUAGUUCGUAUGGAGUGGGAGGUGUUCUUAGUCAUCGGUACUCUGAUGGUAGAGAAAAGCCUAUACAUUUUGUAUCUGGAACUCUUAGUAAGGCUGAGCAGAAUUAUUCCCAAAUUGAACGUGAAGCGCUAGCCAUUAUAUUUUGUAUUAAAAAGUUUCAUAAAUAUUUAUAUGGUAGACAGUUUAUUUUAGUGUCAGAUCAUAAACCACUUAAAGUGAUCUUUAAUCCAGAUCGUAAUAUUUCAGUUAUGUCAGCAUCUAGAAUAAUACGCUGGAAUGUUAUAUUAUCAGCCUAUGAUUAUAAGGUAGAGUAUCGAAAAGGGUCACAAAUGUAUGAAGCAGAUAUGUUAUCAAGGUUACCACUAAGUGAUCCCACGGAGGUUGAUGGUUACAUAAAUUCGUUUAAUUUAACAGAGGAACUACCCCUCACCUUUGAGGAUGUGGCUAAAGUAACAAAGACAGAUACGGUUUUAGUUAAGGUAUUAGAUUUUGUAAAGACAGGAUGGCCUAGUAAAAUCACUGAUCCAGUUAUGAAGCCAUAUUUUUUAAAACGACAUGAGAUGUCUGUAGAAGAAAACUGUCUACUUGUGGGUUCAAAAGUAAUAGUCCCUACUGUUUUGAGAAACAAAAUUCUAGAAUUAAUUCAUGAGAACCACACUGGUAUGGUAAGAUCCAAAAUGCUUGCUAGGUCAAUAGUUUGGUGGCCAGGUCUACAACAUGAUAUUGAGCAAAUGAUCUCCAGUUGUGAAAUAUGUCAAUUAUCACAAAACAAUAGUGAAAAAUCUUUAAUGCCCUGGCCUAGAACUGCUAAUGUUUUUGAACGUGUUCAUAUUGAUUUCUUUUUUUUUAAUAAUGUCUCUUAUCUGUUAUUAGUGGACAGUAAAUCUAAGUGGAUUGAUGUACAUGUCAUGGUAAGAGGUACUAAUGUAACAAAUACUAUAGAAAAAUUGAAACUAACAUUUUCUAUAAUGGGCCUACCAGACAUCAUUGUUAGUGACAAUGGCCCACCAUUUAAUUCUAACUGUUUUUUGAAAUUUUGUGAAAUAAAUGGUAUCAAGGUAGUAAAGUCUCCUCCAUAUCACCCCCAGUCCAAUGGUACUGCUGAGAGACACGUACAAACAGUAAAGGUUGCGUUCAAGAAAUUUCUUUUAGAAAAGUCAACAUUAACAGUAGAACAAAGGUUAGUCAACUUUCUUUUUACCUAUAGAAAUACUCCCUGUGCAAAUACAGGUGUAAGUCCUAAUGAGUAUAUUUUUAAAGUUAAACCAAAAGCAGUCAUUGAUUUGAUUAAACCUAAAAAGGGUAAUUAUUGCAGUUACAAUAAAGCAUUAGAUUUCAAACAAAUUGAAUGCUUUUUAGUAGGGGAGAAAGUAUUAGUAGGAAGACUAGGUCCUUAUAUAACAGAUAAGUGGCAGGAGGGUAGUAUAAUAAAACGGGUAAGUCCAGUGACAUAUUUGGUUCAAGUAAAUGAUAGAGUUUUGUACAAACAUGUAAACAGUAUUAGGAAAUUUUCAGCUACUACAAACAUAGAACAACCAAGUACUUCACUGACUACAAACCAUGGGUUAAGACCUGCAGUAGUUCAAGAAAAUUGUAAUUCCGAAAUUGUCGACCCUCUAAGUCACCAAAUGACUUCUGUCAAAAUUAAGGAAACUAGUCCUGAUUCAGAAGGGGGUCUACAGUUUGGAAGUCCUGUUAAAACAACAGAUCAUUCAAUACCUUUAGAAACUAUUAAUCCAACAGGUAUUGAAUUGAGACGUAGUAAUCGUGUACGUCAUCAACCACAGAGGUUGGACUUAUAAACUUUUAAUUAUAGGUAAGGAGGGAAAUGUUGUGUAUUUAAUUGUGAGUUCUGAGUUGCUUGGCAACGUUGCGUUGGGCUGUCAACGACGACAGAUGACAGGUAACCAGAAACUGGAGGCAAGCUCUUCUCAUCUCUGUAUUAGAUAAUAUAUUUGAUAAUAAAGUAAUCAAAGUACAA